AUGCAGUUCACCAAGAACAUUCUUCUCGUCGGCAUUUUCGCCACUGGCGCUCUGUCUGCCGUUGCCCGAGGUCCCAACGCUGUCAAGGUCUUGGCUGUCUACGAUGAGGACUGCGACUGCACCACCACAACCACUGUCACCAUGAGUGGUAGCAUCACUCUCACUCCCACUGAUGAGGGUGUCGGUGCUUCCACUUCUAUCUGCACCACCAGUGGCGACAAUGUCACCCCCACCAACACUGCCUACACUCUGACUACUGCCACUUCUGAGACUACUGCUUCCUCUGAGAUCUCUACCACCACUGCUACUACUGAGGAUGGCAGCUACGGUGGUGGCAAUGGCCAGGGCGAGGACAGCACCACUAGCGUCUCUGUUGGUACCUUGACCUCUGUCAUCACCACUCCUGGCGUUCCCGCUACCACUGGCACUGUCUCUGGCACUGCUCCUUCUGGAGUCUCUACCACUGCCGAGACUGCCACUUCUCAGCACUCGACUACUGGUUCUGUCACCCAGACCUCCACUACUCCCGCUGGCGGUGAUGCCACUGAGACCCUCAGCGCUCCCUCUUCCAACAGUGCCACUCAGGGAACUUCUUCUGCCCUGGGUCUGUUGGCUGUGGCUGCCGUUGCCCUCUUCUUGUGA